AUGUUCUUGCCCUUCGUCAUCGUCAUGUCGUUAGCUCUAAUUCUGGUGUCUGCCUUUUCUCGCCGUAGACGAAAUCUCAUUAGCGAGGAAGUUGAUGGCGAAAAAGUUACGGUAACUGAGUUACAAACUCCUUCACAAGUUUCUGGACAAAGUGCCAGAAACGAGAAACAUGAAAAGUCUUUAUCUCCAGGAAGAAGACGAAUUUAUAAAAGAAGGGUUGUCGAUUGCCUCUUUCACAUAAUCUCCUGCUUUUAUCUCAACGACAAAAGAAUAGCAAACAAAUUGCUGCCAGUAUGUUCCAGCGGAAAAAUAUUAGACAGGAUGAACAAAGCGUGGAAGUCAAAUAGAUGA